AUGCAAUGUAGAAUAUGUUUAGAUACUGAUAAUCCAAAUGAUUUAAUUAGUCCAUGCUUAUGUAGUGGCAGUUCGGAAUAUAUUCAUCGUGAAUGUUUAAAUCGUUGGCGAUCAGAAAAUGCUGAUGGAAGAGCUUUCAAUUAUUGUAAUGUUUGUCAAUUCAAAUAUGUAAUUGAAACUGUUAUAAAUGAUCCAAAAGCUGAUAAACAAAGACUUUUAAAAUAUUAUCUAUUUGUUACUCGUGAUUUAAUAUUGAUUACUUUAUUAAUUCAAAUGCAUAUUAUCGGUGGAACUUUUGUAUUAAAAGCCCUGGAUAAGAAUAGUAAUAAUAUUAAAAAUUUAUUUGCACAUUCAAUCAAUGAAUUUGUAAUUUAUUAUUUAAGUGCGUUUGUAAUGUUAUUAGCCAUUUUAGGCUUUUUAUGUUUAAUUAUUGUUUGUUGUGCUGGUGGUUCGAAUGGUUGUUCAUCGGCUGGAAGUGGUUUAUUCAAGAAUAGUGGAAAUAAUGGGAAUGGAAUAUUUUCUGUCGUUAUUAUUAUGAUAUUAAUAUUUGCUUUUAUCGGUAUAUUCGUUGGAAUAUUUUUAAGUUUUAUGAUUUUAAAGAAAAUAAUGAAAAAUCAUACUGAGAAAUUAUGGUUACGACAAGAAGCAGAAAUAUAUGUUAUACAAGAUUUUCAAGGAAAAAAAGAUGAACUAGACAACUAUAGAAGAAACUUAAGUCAACACAAUCUUGAAUGA